AUGAUCGACUCCCGCGGCGGUCUCGAUACCCUGGGCCUGGACGGAAUGGUGAAGUCCUCAGUCUUGCAGUUUGAAUCUUGGUGGACACAUCUGUACAACGACACCUCUGCCUUCGACUCGUACAAGCCAGCAUACAACCCCACGUAUCUCAGUCUUUCAGCAUCGUCGUCCGCGAACGAGCUCUCGCGGCUUUCUCGGCUCCCACCGGGGUUCCGCCAGCUUGCACGGGCGGGUAAGAUUGCAACAGACAUUCUUGAUGUCCUUUCCAAUAUCGUCUCGUACGGCGAGAGCACCAAAGCCAUCGACAUCACAUACAAUGGAUCGGGCAACACCACACCCGAUGGAUCGAGCAACUCUAUGCGCGACGGACCUCGACAAUCUCCCCGGAUCCGAACGCACGUCCACAUACCCUCUCCAGCCGUGCUACGCGCCAAGAAACGCCACCACGACUUCUGGCAAGCAUGUUCCUGUCUCCUGGUGUCUGGGCCACACUUUGAGAAAUACCUCGUGUUCGCGCUGCUUUUGUUCGCAAGCACGGCAUUCGCCCCAGGGGACAACGGCCGACGAUACCUGGCCUGCAGCCACACGGCGUUUAGGACGCCACGGGCGUGUCUGACGAGGGAAUUACCAUUGUAUGAGCUCUCUGAUGAUCUGUCCUGGGUUUCACCGCCACAUGGGGUGGGCUCGGCACCGACAGAUCAGAAUCAAAGGCCCGUAAAGGAGACGAUGCAAGAGUGUCUCUUUUGGAUGUGGCUUGUUCUGAUAGACAGCUGGAGGGCCACUGAUGGGGAUGAGUCAAGAGAAGCACAGAAACUGCAGGACAUGCUUGGGCGGAAAUUCGGACCGUAUGCCGAGUGGGAGAGCGUUGGUGCUGUGCUCGGCCGGUUCUUCUGCACUGAAGAUAUGAUCUGUAGUUUGGGGAAUUGCUGGGGAGGUUCAGGCCCGAAGUAG